CAGAGAGGUUUUUGUUGAAGCAAUGUCCAUGGGUGAGUAGCUUGCCGCCAUCACCACCACUACCACCAUCUCCAUCGUCGCUGCCACCGCCACACAAAAGCAAUGCCUCUUCCGAGACGCCGAUCCUCCUUCCUGGGCCAGUCAGCCACCGAGCGGCCGGGUGGCAUAGGCCGAGUGACUGUGGGAAGCACCAGCGCACCACGGGGUGUGUUCGUGGGCAUGGCCCCUACUGGCAGCGCCAGCUGCCUGGGCGCGCGCGUCUCCCGCCGGGCACUGGGCAUCAGCAGCGUCUUCCUCCAGGGCCUGAGGAGUACCAGCGUGCCCGUGGUGCCCCAGCCUGGCGAGCGAGGCCAUCAGCCCAGCUUCGACACCCUCAACGGGUGUCUGCUGGAGUACCGCGACAAGGUCCGCGCCCUGGAGCAGCUCAACCAGCAGCUGGAGGAGCAGAUCAGGAACUGCCUGGACCGCAAGGCGUCCAGCGCCGGGACCUGGGCGACCCUACGGGAGGACUGGGAGGAUGUCUCUACGCAGGUCAGCGAGGCCAUCCUGGAUAACGCCCGGCUCAUGCUUCAGACCGAGAAUGUGCAGGCCAAUGGCGAAGACUUCAAAGACAGAUAUGAAAAUGAGCAGCCCUUCCGUAAAGCCGUGGAAGAGGAGAUUGGCUCUCUCUAUAAAGUGAUAGACGAUGCUAAUCUGACAAGGAUGGACCUGGAAAAUCAGAUUGACUGCAUGAAGGUUGAGAUGAGAGAUCUAGCCAGGAACCAUGAGGAGGAUGUGAGGGUGUUGUACAAUCAGAUGGCUGGCCGUGAGGUGGAUGAGCCCGAUGCUCCCAUAGAAACCAAUCUGGACCAAAUCCUCAGCUACAUCCGCACCCACUGGGAGAAGGUCAUUGAAAAGAACCGGGCCGAGACCGAUGCUUACGUGGAAUGCAAGCAGGCUGACAGCUUAAACAGCAAGCUGAGCAGGGAGGAGGAAGAGCUGGAGGGUCUAAAGUCAGAGUGCAACGACGCUGGCUGUAAGAUCCAGAGCCUGCAGGCUGAGACUGAGUCCAUGAGAGCACUGAAACGUGGCCUGGAGAACUCCCUGAAUGAUGCCAAGCACUGGCAUGACAUCGAGCUGCAGAACCUGGGCUCAGUCAUCGGGAAGCUGGAGUCCGAGCUCGGUGACGUGAGGGCCGACAUCGAGCAGCAGCGCCGUGACUACGACACACUGCUUAGCAACAAGAUAAAACUCGAGAAGGAGAUCGGGACCUAUCAUGGAAUUCUUGAUGGGGAGGAGAGUCGAUUCCAUCCAGGAAUGUGUUUUGGAGGCUAUGCUGAUCCUGAGGGUGGGUCCACUCCCCAAGCUUCAUCAUCAGACCCCCCCAGCAAACCCCGCCCUGAUGGGAGAGAUGUUGCUAGCAGCACCCCAGCCAAAGACCCAAAGAACUGAGAUUGAGAUUCCCGUUGUGUGGCUUUCUCUACUUCCCUACUUACAUCUGUGCAAGGAGUACAAACCCGAUCUCCACCUACCAGCAAGGGCUCUACUCUUCAAGCCACCACUUUCAUUGAAGCAUUUAAGGGUGAAUGAAAAUUCCAAAUAAAAUUCUGAAAAUCCA